UUUUCAAUGCUAGAUUUGAGUUUUUUCGGAUACAAUGUAUUCUCCAAUUCAUGAAAUGAAUGAUGAAAAAAGAAAGGAAUAUUAAUACUGGUGAUGUAUCAAUAUCAAUGCACAAAGAAAGUGCAAUUUCACUGUUGAAAGAAUUUUGACAUAAAUGUUGGAGAUGAAGUAAUAUAUAGCUGCUUGUAUGCUGUUUUUUUGGAUGAUGUUAAGAAAACGCGGUCUCCAACCAAGAUCAUCAAAUAUACCAACCUGUCUUCACACACCAUCACUGGUUUGCACUUUCAUCUCUUAUCCUUUCUAAAUCAUUCUCCAGCUAUCAUACUUUCACUACCAUAAUAUAUAAAUGGCUUCAACCGUUUUCUUCAACUACCAACCGUCGACACAUACUUUCUUAAUUCAUCAUAAAAUAACACCAUGCCUGAAAACUACACUGCUGAUCAUGCAUCAUCAUCCUCAUCCUCAUCGUCGACCAAAGUUUCUACCGGCCGUCACCCUCUUUACCGAGGAGUGAGGCGUAGAAACAGUGGAAAAUGGGUGUCUGAAAUUCGUGAACCUAAAAAACCUAACAGAAUUUGGUUAGGAACAUUUCCAACACCUGAAAUGGCAGCUAUUGCUUAUGACGUAGCUGCACUUGCUCUUAAGGGAAAAAAUGCAGAAUUGAAUUUUCCUAAUUCUUCGUCUUCUUUACCUGUUCCGGCUUCUUCCUCCGCUCGCGAUAUUCAGUUGGCUGCAGCUAGUGCUGCAGCUGCUGUAGGUGCAGCUAAAGACGCACUCGCGACCGAAGGAAACCAUGCCGUUGAACUGCAAGACUUUUUUUCAAGUGGAAAUGAAAACAAUAAUAAUAAUAAUAAUAUUAAUGAGUUUAUUGAUGAGGAUUUGAUCUUUGAUAUGCCUAAUGUUUUGGUUAAUAUGGCUGAAGGAAUGCUAAUUAGUCCUCCUCGUUUUGAUCACUUUGAAACUGAUUAUCACUAUGAUGUGCAAGAAAAUAUGUGUGAUGAUCCAAACCUCUGGAGUUAUCCUUAUUUCCCAUGAGAUGAACUUGAAAUUAUUAGUAAUGGAAAGGUAAGAGUAAAGUGUAAUUAAAUAAGGUUGAAAUCUCACAUCAGGGAUUUGCUUAAACAUGAGGGAAUGUAUUGAUGUGUGUGUAGUUCUUGCUUUUUUAAUUUUUGUUUGUUCCUUUAUGUACAUUAGGUAACCUUCUAUGUAAAGGUCUGCUGCUGCUGCACCUUAAAUAUGUAAUGUGCAUAUAUGCUGCUACUUCUACAAAUGUCAGUAAUCAAUUGUCUUUCCAAAUAUUCCUCUCUCAAAAUCACUAAAUUAAGGAUCAGGAAUGCUAAAAUACAGUUUUUUUUCAAUCCGUUAAUCUGAGAUAGACGAUUUAUAUUAUAUAAUGAUCAUAGUUUUAAAUUGCAGUUGCAUAUUC